UCGAAAAGCUUUUUUGUGUUGAUUUAUUGUUGUUUUAAUUUCAAUUUGGUUUUAUUAAUUUCCAUCAUGGAUAAUAAUUCGAUAAUCGAUAGUGAAUCUGAUGGUAAAUUGUUUGAUUGGGACGACAUGAGUGAUUGUAAUUAUAGUGAAACUUCAAGUACAGCUAGUGAAACAUCUAAAGUUGACAGAAUUGCUGAACUCAAUAGGAAUCUCGCUGCAAUUUCAAAGGAAGCUCAAGCUUCUCGAGAUAAAAACAGAGGCCUCAAACAUACACUUCGAGAUUUAAUGGAACGAUAUAAGCAAAUGGAAGACAUUUAUGAGCAAAUUGGUGUUAAAAUGGAACCCCAAUUAAUUGUAUUAGAAAAUGAGAUUUUAAAAGUUCAGCCAAUACUGUCCAUGGGCCAAACAAUGUUAAAAAAUUUACAAGAAUAUAUUGAAUACAAGUCUAUUAAACUGCAGCUUUUGGAUUUGGAUGCAGAAGAGAUGGAAACUGAAAGCAGUCCUAACAAUCUCACUAUUAAUUAUCCGACGGAGGAACAGAUCUUGACAGAACUUAUGGGACGAGUUAGCCUUGAAAAAUCAAAUGCUAACUUGACUGAAUACUUCAAUCUGGAAGAAAAACAAUCAGAUUAUAAAAAACUAAUGGAAGGUGGCAUUAGGCACUACAACGAAAUGCAGAAGAGAUUUUCUAGUUCUAAAGAAGGUAAUGUUACAGAGUGUAUAACAAUUCCUGAUACUCAACCUUUUAAUGUGAAUUUUUGAUCAAAAUACCCUUACAUUCAGCGAAUAAUUACACAAAAUGAUCUUUCAUAUUCAUAUGGUCUUCAACAAUGUUUAUUAAAACGUUAUGUUUAAAGUCA